AUGGCAAGCCGUAAUAGCAGUAGCAUGGACGUGGUGGAGCCACCGCAUCCAUGGGGACCACAGAUGCGUAUUGGCAAGGUCUACAUCAAGGGUAAUAAUCGUACCAAACCUCAAGUGUUUGAGAAUGAAUUACAGGGGGCGUAUGAUGCCGAACGUAUUGGUUUAUUGGUGCACAAACUAGAAGAAGCGACGGAAGAGCUCAAGAAUCUCGAUAUUUUCGAGUCCAUUGACAUUGAGCUAGAUAAGGCAAGCUCUGGUCAAAAUGAUGAAACGGACGUGACUAUCACGGUGAAGGAAAAAGGCUGGCGAUCUCUGCAUGUGGGUGCCACGACUGAUGGCACUGAUGAAGCAGGAGAAUCGUCGCUUACGCUGUCAAAUGCGCUUGGCGAAGCAGAAAAGAUCACGUUGAGUGCUACCUAUGCACGUUCGGGAAGUAAUACGCAGCGUGCGACGUUUAAAAAGCCGCGUUUUAUGGGUUUGCCGCUAUAUCUGAGCGCCGUAGCUGUUAACGAACUGCAUAAUCAGGAGUGGUUAAGCUCUUACAGCGAGAAGAUUCGUGCUGGCAGCAUUUCCAUCAGUGACUAUGAAGGCGUGCACGACCUAUCGUUCAACGUUGGUUGGCGUGACCUACUCCCGCGUCGUGACUCGAAAAUUCCCACGGCGUACUGUGCGUCGCCGAGUAUUUUGGUGGAAGCGAUGCCAUCCACUAAAACCAGUGUGAAAUACGUUUUCACGGAUGACAAUCGGAACGACAUUGUUUAUCCCACGGAUGGGGGGCUCUUCAAGUAUACGACGGAGAUAGCUGGGCUUUUGGGUGACGUAAACUUUGUCAAGGCAGAGGUGGAAGGCCAGAGGCAUGUGGCGUUCGGUCCCGUUGUUUUUGGGUUUCCAGCUUUGAACUUUAGCCUUUCGUACCACUUGAGAACGGUUAAGUCGUAUGGCAGGGAGCAAAACCGUCCAGCACGUAUCAGCGACCGCUUUUUCCUGGGUGGUCCUAUGAAUGUGCGAGGCUUUAAUCACAAGGGUAUUGGUCCUCGCGCUUCUCCUCUUGAUGGGGGAGUUGCGCAAGGAGACGCCCUCGGUGGUGACGUGAGCUACAAUGGAACAGCAAGCGUGGGCUUUCCUGUCCCAUUGCCGCUGCUUGCUGCUCUUGGUCUCCGUGGACAAGCCUAUGUCAAUACUGGUAACUUGACCACAUGGGACCGUCUACUGGACGAGAAGAAAUGGAUAAAGAAUCUUGCAGAUGAUAUGCGUAUUUCCAUUGGGAUGGGACUUGUAUGGGGAACUCGCAUUGGCCGCCUCGAGGCCAACUACUCGUGGAUUCUCAAGGCGCACGAACACGAUAACAUUAAACGUGCUCAACUUGGUCUCGGUAUGACGUUUAGCUAG